GACAAAUCAAUUGCACGAUCGCGAUUGAUACGCGAGGAUGAUAAUGAUAUGAGCGAUGAGGAGACGGAAGGUGGCAGAUUUUAUUCGGCGAAAGGUCUAGCAGCAGAGGAAGAUGAACGCCGCCGCAUCGAGCAUUUCGACUUCCUGGCCCACGAAGAAGAAGGUAAAUAA